AGCGGCGUGAUUUAAUUAAGGAUCUCUUGGCUGAGGAGCAAGCAAAUCUUUACAGUGCAAGACCUUCCGCUGGAACUACCAAUGAUAGCCCAGCAGCCACCGAUGAAGAGAAAACGUACGGUUGAGGACUUCAACCAGUUCUGCACUUUUGUGUUGGCGUACACUGGUUAUAUCCCUAAUCCUUCAGAGGAAUGGAAGUGUAAUAACAGCACACCAAAAGACAGCCCAAACUAUGGUGACAGCCGGGUCUCCUCUUCUUCCUUCCCUGGCUCACCCUGUGGCCCCAUUUUGGCGAAGAGGGUUGGAGGCAAUGAAGGAGAGACAGCUGAGAAAGGAAAGAGAAAGAAACAGAAGAGAGGUGUGUUGCAUGAGGACAAAGGGCCUCGUAGAAGGAGGUUGAAGUCCCCCAAAACCAAGGAGCCCCUCAUAAACUCAACUCACCAGAUGCCCCAGUUUGAGUGGAGAAAUGGAACCCUUCUCCAUAACACUGUGGGAGGGAGUUCAGUGGCAGACUGCAAACCUGUCACCCUGCUGUUCCCCCCACCCAAGCCCCGUGCAGGGGAUUGUGGGAACGCACACGUUGGAAUGGGUAGAUCUUCAGCGCAGAAACAGCGGCCUGACUCAGAACCUCAGAAUGUUCUGGAGAGGUCCGCGGAAAGCCACACAGACAGAGCUCCUCCUCCUGUUCACCUCGCAAAUGAUACCUGUCAUCUCAUCGGCCAGCGGGGUGACCGGCCUGACCGUGACACCGCAGAACCACAUAGCAGUGACAUCACAGCCCUUCCCGGGGAGAUUGGAGAGAGGGAGGAGCAAGAGGACCUCACUGCGAUGGAUGGGACUGUGCAUGUGCAGAAGGAGAAGCAUAAGAGCAACGAGCAGGAUGAGGCAGAGAGGGGGAAGAGGGGCUGCAGGCCGAUGGAGGAGAGAGAGGGGAGCGAGGGAGAGGGCGGGGGCACGGACAUCCUUCGCCUGGUGAUUGAGAGGUGUCUGAGGGGGUAUGUCGCUGAUGACCAGGACACGGGAUACCACACCGAAGGGGGCAGCGACAUGGACCAGGAUGCCCAAGACGCAGACGGCAACGCCACUACCAUCUCCGCCGACAGUACAGAGGACUUAUCGGCCAGCAACAGUCAGAUUGAAGAGGAAGACUCCUGGGACCUCAUCACCUGCUUCUGCAUGAAGCCGUUCGCGGGGCGUCCCAUGAUCGAGUGCGGCGAGUGCGGCACCUGGGUGCACCUGUCCUGCGCCAAGAUCCGCCGCAACCACGUGCCCGACGUCUUCACCUGCCAGCACUGCCGCGACGCCAAGCACACCAUCCGCCGGUCGGGGCGGGCGCGCUCCGGGCCCCGCAAGCGCUUCAGUGACUAGCGCUUCCUGUCCUGGGACAAGGACACUUCCUGCUGCAAGUUAACCUUCUGCCUGAACUGCAGAGAUACACCGGCCAUCAGUCAGUUGGUAGUUCCUCUCACUCAGGGCCUUAGGACUGGUCACUCACUGAUGGCUACGAGAGGAGCACAGCCUUCUGCCCCAUUGCUCUACAGUUUUUACAGUCCCGGUGGUCGGACAGCUGUACCCUGUACACAUUCAGUAAUGCUGCUACACAGCGAGAUUGUAUUUGGUGAAAAUGAGAAGCACUAUGAGAUCUCAGCUAUAACCUCAUCUGAUUGGACACACUGCAGGCCAUUUGUGUAUGCACGUGUCAUAAUGUGUCCUCCAAUCACUUUUGAGCCAGCUGAGAGAUUCUGCCCAUUUUUGAAUCACCAUACUCGAGCUGGGUGUCUGCAGUUUGGACUGCAAGCUUUAAUGAUUAAUUCCGAAUUGUUGCUCGGAUCCAGUUUUUUUUGUUUGUUUAUAUUCAUUUUUGAAAGUGCCCCAUAUCCGAUAUCAGUGUAAACAGACUUCUGUCCUGACCU